AAAAGUUCUUGAGGAAGAAAAAGCAACAGCCACCCUUCAACGAUGUCGAUUAUGUCAAGCUCCUGUUCUUGCUUACCCAGUUCCCUCACACUCCUUAGAAUCUCAACUAGAAAUCAUGAUUGAAGGUUUUCCUGAGGAAAGAAGAUGUGAAUAUCUUUAUAAACAACUUUCUGCUACCCAACCCUUAAAUAAUUUGAAAUGGGAAAACGUUAUACCCUUAACGGAUUUAAAAAAAAGAACUUUUAUAUACGACUCGAGUGAGAGCAUUUUUCGUUGCGGUACUUGCAAAAGCGAAGUGGUUCGAGGGGAGUGUUCCAGUUGCCAUUUCAAAUAUCCUCAACUCAUCGACGUCACCAACGCAAGCGAGUCAAUUUUGGAAACAGAAGAAAGUCUCAGCGAAGAUUUGGAAACUGAAGGAGACACAAAUGAAUAUCUUCAAAAGUAUAUUUGACGCAUCUUGUAUUUAUUUUU